AUUAUCGUCGGUAUCAUUAGUUGGCAGAAAUACAACCAGCGUUACCUCCGUGCGUCGGAACCGAAACCCGGCGCGGAAGCUGACAUUCGAAAAGUAACGGCCAUUCAUGGGCCAGCCUCCAGUACCAUUCGACUGUGUGCCGUGUUGUUGGCAAGUGCCUUGCAGCCUUUGAGUGCGUGUUUGUCCGAACUGAGCAUACUUCGUUACCGUUGCCACUUUUGAUACAUUUUUAACCCAUCCGUGCUGAAAUUUGCUCAACGAAGCUGGACGGACUCUUUCGAGUCUUCUUUGGUACAUUUUCUACAUCUUCUUCCGUCCAAUCGCACACGGCGACGCAUUGGUGUUGGUGUUCUGAGAGCGGGCGAAAACGACGAUCGAACCACGGAAAAGAAGCAUCGGCGAUUCCCUCCUGGUGGGCUCCUUAACCGUCGGCAACCGUUGACAUUCGGCGAACGCUCUUUCUCUGUUGCUCUGUCGAAAGCUCCGCACGUCAAGGAUAAAGCGGCAAACGGUGCGUUUAGUUCAGAUGGUCUCAGAAAAUAAGGACAUUCGCCGAUUGAUGCGUGCUCUGUGAAAAGUGUUGCGUUUGAGGAUAAACAUUGUCGUCUGUGCGCCCCCUUGUAUUACGGUUGUAGCUCGCACUUCACCUCGGUGCAUUUGUUUAGAUACUAUUACUUAGUCCGCGUCCCGUGUUCCGAGCUACCUGUCGAGAGAGCAGCAAAAGAAGGCGCGUGUAAACAUGAGCAGCGCAACGAGACCCGACGAUAAGGCCGUCGAUAUUCCGCAGAGGCUGUACGAUGCCGCCUCCAAACGAACUUACGAAAGGAUGCGAUUUUUCGGAAAGGGUGGCUUUGCCAAGUGCUAUGAGAUCGUGGAUGUGGCCACGAAAGAAGUGUUCGCCGGCAAGAUAGUUUCGAAGAAGCUGAUGAUGAAGCACAACCAGAAGGAGAAAAUGACGCAAGAAAUCACGAUCCACCGAUCGUUGAAUCAUAUAAACAUCGUCGGCUUUCACAGCUUUUUUGACGAUCCUUUGAACAUCUACAUCGUGCUGGAAUUGUGCAAGAAACGGUCGAUGAUGGAGCUGCACAAACGGCGUAAAAACAUCACAGAUUACGAGUGCCGCUACUAUAUGCACCAGGUGAUGACGGGCGUUGAGUAUCUGCACGACAGGCACAUCAUCCACCGGGAUCUGAAGCUCGGUAACCUGUUUCUAAACGACGAGCUGCACGUCAAGAUCGGUGAUUUUGGGCUGGCCACAAAGAUCGAGUUUGAGGGCGAGCGGAAGAAGACGCUUUGCGGCACGCCGAACUACAUUGCACCCGAGAUACUGAACAAAAAGGGGCACAGCUACGAGGUGGACAUCUGGUCGAUAGGUUGUGUGAUGUACACGCUGCUCGUUGGACAGCCACCGUUCGAGACGAAGAGCCUGAAAGAUACCUACAACCGCAUCCGGAAGUGUGACUAUCGGUUGCCACCCACACUGCGCACCAGUGCGGCGGAAAUGAUCUGUGCCAUGCUGCAGUCGGAUCCGAUCAAGCGGCCGCGCAUUCACAAGCUGUUCGAAUUCGAGUAUCUUGUCACCGGCGUCAUUCCCUCGUCGUUGCCGAUUUCGUGUCUUACCAUGGCCCCGCGAGCCGAUCAACUGGAACCGCUGGAGCGUCCUUACCGUAAGCCACUUUCCGAGAUGAAUGCCGGUGAUGAUACACGGUUCGAUAAUUCGUUCCUGAAGAACAAUCUCCACGACCCCAUCACGGCAAGCGGUAUGAUUUCGCGCCACAACGACACGUACCGAGCGGACAUCGAACAAUUACACCGCGAGCUGACCAAGCUGUUCCACGCCAAACCGCCACGGUUGGCAAACAAUUUGGACGACGAGAACACGGACCCGGCGGUUCAGCCACUCUUUUGGGUUUCGAAAUGGGUCGACUACAGCGACAAAUACGGGUUCGGGUAUCAGUUGUGUGACGAGGGCAUGGGCGUGAUGUUUAACGACACUACCAAGCUGAUUAUGCUCGCCAAUGGACACAAUGUUCACUUCAUCGAUAAAGAGGGCCAGGAAACCUACUGGGCUGUUAACGACUUCCCACAGCAUCUGGAGAAGAAGAUGAAACUACUAACGUAUUUCAAGCGCUACAUGAUGGAGCAUCUGGUGAAGGCAGGCGCCGGAGCGGUCAUUGCCGAGGGCGACCAAUUAUCGCGUAUCCCGCACAUGCACACCUGGUUCCGUACAAUGUGUGCUGUCGUUAUGCAUCUCACCAACGGCACUGUGCAACUUAACUUCUCUGACCACCAGAAGAUCAUACUUUGCCCGCGGAUGCGUGCGGUCACCCUAAUGGACAACAACAAAAACUUCCGCACGUACCGUUUCCAAACGAUAAUCGAACAGGGUUGUUCGAAUGAUCUGUACACGAAGAUCCGGUACGCUCAUGAGAAAAUCAAGAAGCUGUUGGAGAAACUUGCAUAGAAAAAAUAGCUACUACAGGUCGGUCUAAGAAACGAGUCAAGGACGGCGAUGCCGAAGAAUUGAGGAAUCACCUUUGAGAAAUCUCUGCUCCCGGGAACUCCGACGUGCCGAACCGGUAAACACUCAAACUGCAACACUGUACAAUCAAUCUCCCGUGUGUGGGAAACAACAUGAGGUGGUGCCCGUACAAUCAUAUUCGAUUCUUCUGUUUAGUUUUAUGUUAUAAUUUCUUGCAUGUACGAUAGUCUUUUUUUACUCCUUGUUUCUGGUUCAACGGUAAAGCUCUCAACGUCAAACUAUUCGGCAGUAUGAGAUGUCGUUAUGCCAUUCAAAUAUUUCAUGUUCACAUCCGCGAAGGUCACAGUCCAAAUUCUACCGCACUAAACCUGUUUCCACUGAUUGGCGAAAAUUUUUCUAUUUCUCUACAAUCGUUCGAACCGGAAUCGAGAGGAACUGUUUGUUUCAUACACGCGUAUGGCGGGAUGUCAUUGAACUGUUAGACCUGGAGGGAUUGCCCUGUAGCCUUUACACCGAACCUUUUGAUUAUACAUCGGGAAGCUUUUUUUCGGUAAUGCCAACAAGUAUUUGCAGGUUUUUUAGUAGUUGAUAUUACAAUAAUUUUGCCGUCUAUACGUUGAGCAUAAGUUAGUGGUUACAGUAACGCAACCUUACGAGGCACCAACAUGAUAGGUGGUGGAUAGACUCAAAAAACUUGUGCCUUAAGGACACUUGAUAUGCUUGAUCGAGAGGGAUAAUGGAGGUUCGCAAGACUUACAGGUGCCAACACAAUAAAAAAAUAAUUUUCUCUCGUCCAGAAAUCCAGCCACAAUGAUCGCUUGUGGUGGUUGAACAGAAACUUGUUUAUUCGAUUGUAAGAUACUAGAAAGCCAUGUGCAGCUGGAUAAAUCAGCUUUCCGGCACCCCGUUUUCCGGAGCCCACUAGAACCAAUACCAUUCCGAGAACUGCCAAUCUUUUGGAAGGUGCGUGAAAAAGAAACCCAAUAUACU